AUGAGUUCGAAAUCUCGUCUAUUCUUGGGAAUGGGCGGAAUCUACAGCAUCGUCCUGCUCUUCUACUUCACGCUCAGUCUGACUGGAGCCUUCGCUUUCAAGCACGUCCAGGAUGUGCUUUUCCCCAUCUUCACGCUGACCACAAACUACCCGAUUGUGGGCAUAACUCUGAUCAACAAUAUUAAAGUCAUGAAGGAGAUGGUUUUCCCAACUGAAAGAGCAGACACUGAGGAAGAAAGCUUGCUUGAAACGACUGACGACGAGCUUCCAGAACCGCGACCGCGUUCCAGAUCCUUAAGGACGGUGACUGCGAAGGACUUUCUGAUUCCGGUGUUGGUCUUGGGAUUGCCGACAAUGAUCUCAUUGUUCACUGAUGACGUACUGCUUCUCGCGGCGAUCACUGGUUCAUACCCAGGAGCAAACUUUGGGACGAUGUUCGGUGCAAUUAGAGAAGCAGCAUUUGGUAGUCGCGAUCCGGAAACGCAAGAAUCUACCGGAAAUCCAUUAACCUACUUUGCGCUCGCCGGUCGGGAACUGCUUCACAAUCUACAGAAGAUGUUUAUGGGGGAUGAGCAUGAAGAGAAUGGAACUGAUUAUGAGAUCCCUGAAGCAUUUAGGGAACUUCCGACAGAAUUUCCUGAAGAAACACUAACGACUGAAGAGCCCUACGCUGAGCGUGUCUAUACUUUUGGACCCCCAACGACAGAAGAAGUCCCCGUUGUACCAAGGACUUAUCUGCCCGGAUUCAAAUUUACAUUUCCCUACACAACUCCGCACUGGAUGUCGACCACUCGCUUUCCGACUAUUGGCCCGAUCAAGCCUCGUUCCCCAAUGGGCGAGGGUCGCCUGGAAAACUCCGGAAUUCACGACACCAACAACGUCGACAUUGAUGUCGGUUCGGGAACGAAUGACAAGACCCACAAUUCGAAAGAACCUGGGAGGCUUUGCAAGCUUCGGCUCCGAAGCUUCGAGACUUCGGAUCCGGUUUUCCAGUAUGCUUACAGCCACUCAACAAUGAUCGAUGAUAAUAUGCAAGGAUUGUUGAGGGAAACGCAAAUGUACUACUUCCCUCCACCACUAUCCUGGAAAAAUUCUGCCUCGCCAGAAGUGAUCCAGCUGACGCAAACUCUAAUGCAAUCAUUCCGGCCUUCAAGGUGCCUCAUUGCCGGAAUGUUCACUGGUCUUUCGGUUAUUGGAAUUGGCUCAAAUAUCGAUUCUCGAGGGAUUAUCGUGGCACUAGAAUAUCCUGAAUUCGUUCAAUAUUGGGAAAAGAUUGGGAUGAAGCAUGCGCAGAAGCACAACCUAAUGUCCAAAAUUCAAGUCCGAUCUGGGGAUACGAUUGAUCGAUCCCUGCAAAAGCUGGCCGCCAAUGAACCGAAUACUUUUGAUCUCAUCUUCCUGGACGACUAUCGCAAGCAAAACUAUUUGGACGACUAUGAAUAUGCUGUGAAUUUGGCCCGGCCUGGAGGCUUAUUGAUCAUUAACGAGGCGCUGAAUGGCGGAAGUGUGAUGAGUCCACAGGAGACAAUGUCUGCGGACGCGAGCAGUACGAAAUAUGAAUAUCCGCAU